ACUACAAAUUUAUUAACAACCACCAACCUUAUAACCCCUCCCUUUUUGUGUAUAUGUAUAAGCAAACCCCACCAUCUUCCUCCUUCACUCUCUCUCUCUCUCUUCUCUCUCUGUAGUUCACUUCACACACAUAAACACCAAAGUUCCUUCCUUUAACCACAAUUUCGAUUCUUUCUCCAAAAUUUCUUUAUCUGGGUUUGUUUAUUGUACGAUUUCUUCAUCUGGGUUUCCACUAUUCUUCGAUUUUGAUUAGCCAUGGAUGCUCACGAUGAGUUCCGAACCGACCGCACUCAUUACAUCAUCAAGGGGAAGCGCACGAAGCGGCAGAGAUCGUACUUGCCGUUCGUUCCGUCUGCGGCGGCGGCCACGGUGACCACCGUAACCUCCACGAGCUCUUCGGCCGGCGGCGGUGGAGGAGGAGCACUCUCCGACGAAAACGGCUCGGCGGUUUCUUCUCCGGUCACCUCGACAAUCUUCAGCUCCGCCAUGGCCGAUUGUACAGAAGAAGAAGAAGAUAUGGCCAUCUGCCUCAUCAUGCUCGCCCGCGGCGCCGGUCCUCCGCCGGUGGAGAAGAUCGGGAAACCAGAAAAAAUCCACAAGAACUCAGAGAAAACCCAUCACGAGAAUUCCGGUUUCCAUGUCUACGAGUGUAAAACAUGCAACAGGACGUUCCCGUCGUUCCAAGCGCUCGGCGGCCACCGAGCCAGCCACAAGAGGCCAAGGACUGAUGAAAAGACGAAAUCGCCCCUGGAGAAGGCGAAGCCAAGGCCAUCUGAAGAAGGGCAGAAUUGUCAGACGAAGAUCGCCGGCGAAAAUUCAGCUCCGCCGGAAAACAACAACAGCAACAAGCCAAACAAAGUUCAUGAGUGUUCGAUCUGUGGAUCGGAGUUUACUUCCGGUCAAGCCCUCGGAGGCCACAUGAGGCGGCACAGGACGGCCACGUCAGCGGGAGAGGGAGGCAACAAUCCGGUGGUUGCGAGUCGAGGGAACACAGAGGUUACGGGGAACGUGGACCGUCUGAUCGAGCCGAGGAAAUAUCUACCGUUGGAUCUUAAUCUUCCGGCACCGGAGGAUGAUCUGAGAGAGUCCAAGUUUCAAGGGCUUGUCCUAUCUGCAACACCAGCUUUGGUAGAUUGCCAUUACUAGUAGAAAUCCAUAUAGAAGCUAAAGAAGAAAAUUUUUUUAAAAAAAAAAAAAAUUGGAGGAGGGUUUUAUAUACCGAUUCAUUGUGAAUUGUUUCUACUGUCAUUGGAAUUAUUUUUAAUGGGAUAAAAUGUUUGAAAAUUUAUAAAAUACAUAUAUAAUUUUGUUAUA